UGUAUGGUUUUUAAUGACUUUUAAGCCGUUUUAGUCUAUAAAUAAAUUCGUAAAUUAAGGAACUAAAUGAAAAGACCUUGAGAACAAGUCUCGUGGGGAGUGCCGCUACGUCAUCGACGGGAAGUUUUGCAGUUAGUAUGACCGCCAGCUGGUCCCUGAUUGGCCAACAAAGCCUCGACGGCGGCCAUUUUGUUGCUUCUGAGUCACCAAAAGGUGAAAAAUGUACGGAAUUAAUCGGCACUCCCCCCGAGACUUCACAACGGUAUUGGGCAUUUCCCUCGUGAACACAAAAUUUGGGUUUCAUGUUCCCUACCUACCACAGCGUGGAUGAAAUAAUAAUGUUUUUCGUGGGAUAUAUUUUAAAAAACUUACAAAAUUUUAUUUACCUCGAUUCUUGAGUUGACGAAAAAGUGGUUUUCAAAAGUUAGACACGUCCUAGUUGCGAUAAACUCUGUAUUCCAGCACAAGUUCGGUCGGCUGGUGGUCGUCGCUCGGAGACCUUAGUGAACUCAAAGAAGUAAAAUAGUGCAAGGAGUGUGCGGCCGUGAUUUAGAUAAAUUAUUAAUAAAUACAUGUGUUUUACCUAACUGUCAAAAUAAUAGUGAAGUGAUCAGUGUACUGUCGCGGAUUGUUUACGUAGAUGUUGACUGAGAUUUGUCAACGCGGUGCGGCAGGAUGUAGCCCGAAGUUUUUGCGGGCUUGAAAGGUAGAAAGUGUCCUUUUUAUUUAGAGGGAUUUACCGGCCGCUAAAAUGUCAGAGACGACGAUGGUAAAGGUGAAGACCGAGCGGCCCGAUGAGGCGGAGAUUCGGGAGCUCGCCGCGAAGAUGGUGGAGGCGAACAAGGCGAAGGCUCUAGCGGCGUCGGUGGCGGCGGCCAGGCCUGGCCCUGGCGCAAUGGGCGCGGCGCCGCCCGGUUCCGGUGGGCAGCUGGGCAUCCUCAACUUCCUCACCCGCAAGACCGGCGCGCCGCCCGACACACGGCCGCCCGUUGACCCCGAAAAAAAGACCCCGGCCCCGGACGAAGCUAGCUGGAAAGGCCACUUCGGCUGGGACAUGCUGGGAAAGUGUCACAUCCCCUACAUCUACCGGUCCGGGGAGAAAUACGUGGCCGUCAGAAUGGUAGAAAUUAAAUUAUUAAACAAGUACCUGAAUUACCUUCAUGCAGACAUUUACUCUUGCACCUGUAUAAGGAGUUACUACAUAACAGAGAUAGAAGCGAGGCUUCUAAACGAAAUAAACAGCAGGCAUUGUGACGGCCAGUUCGGUAGAGAUGCCUUUACACAAAAGGACCUUGUGGUUCGGUUAUCAGACGCUUAUGAAUUUUAUAACUUCUUAGAUGUAUGUUACAAUAAGUUACUUAGGGGCACAACAAAUAGUAAAGACAAGUGCGGGUUCAUCAGAAUAAACAAAGAGUCAGUAGUGCCGUACACAGUGAGAGACGGACAGAAGUUCGUGCCCUUAUUCUAUUUUGAAGGUGAAACAGACAAUCUUAAAUUGAAAGCAGACCAGUUGAAGGGUUGGGAUUUGUCAUAUUUGAAGUUCUGUUGUAAAGUGCAAGGCAUCCGGAAUGAACUGUUUGCUAGUGAGACUUGCUCAGUGAUAAGCCUGUCGGAUAUCAAGAGCUACUUCCCGCCAGGGACGGAGUUCGAGGAAUACUGGCCAAACAAAGUUGUGGACUCGCAGCUCCUCAUUUCUGCUAAAGGUUCAAUAGGAAGCGGAGGCCAAUGGACACGAGCGCCUCCAGCGCCGCCCCCAGGCGUAGUCGCGCAAGGCGCCGGCGUCGGCCUCUCGGGCGCCUCCACCCGAGGCCGGCGGCCUAACGCUCAGCGCCACGCGCCGUCAUCUAUGCAGAUGCCGCACGCGGGUAUAUCUGCGGCGGCGGUGCAGGCGUUGGCUAGUGGGUGGAGUCUGCCUGGGACACUCACGCAGGCUCAGACGCAGCAGGUGCUGAGGCUGGCGCAGGCGCAAGUUGCCGCUCAAGCGCAAGCAGCGGCGCGCUACAGCAACGCGGCAAUCGCCGCCGCCGCGGCCUCCAUGCCGCAACACCGCGCGCAACAGCACCAACGAAAUGUUCAGUUUCCGAACAGUGCAAUAACAAUGGCGAUGGGACAGCAACCGCCGCCGCCUCUCGUAAGGAGCACGGCGAACACCUCUACUAUGAAUGUACCCCCGCAAGUGACCGGGUCGAUGAAUGGCCACUCAACCUCUCACGCCGUGGACAAUCGCAAACGGCUUACGCCGAUAACAGAAAUCAGUAUUACUGGCAACCAUACGCCGUAUAAGGUUCAAAAAGCGCUGGUGGAGAACACAAUGGUACCCUGCAUCAACGCGAAGCCAUACCAGUACACAGAGCUGUUAAUGACACUCCCGGACCUAGCCAGCCACUUCUUCCCUCGUGUUCAGCUCGCCACUUGCCGAGCUAUGCUUGAUGCGCUUGGCCUCACUCUUUACCGGCCCAACUCAACGCAACUGCAAGUCCUCCGCAACUCGGGCAAGUGCAAAUCCGCAGCCGCCGGCGAAAAUGGCAUGGCUCUAGUGCAGAUCCGCGACGUGAUGCAGCACAUGCCGCAGUUCAAGUACAUGCUGCGCUCAGGCCUGGCCGCCGACGAGCCGCAGCACGCGCCCCGACCCGCGCACGCGCCGCCCGCCAGCCACGCCAAGCGCGCCCGCGCCAACUAGGCGCACACACCACCACCCCACCCCAUCCUGAGGACCGAGGGACAGGCCGCCGACGAGCCGCAGCACGCGCCCAGUAUACUACAGUUGAUGUACAAGUUACUUCAUAAUAUAAUGGAUACUGCACUCACUGAGAAAGGAGCGUGUCAUGCAUUUGUCUUAUUUUCUGUACUGAGGGAAAAACAUGCAGCACAAAUAUAUGAGCAAAUAUGGUCAGUACAUAAGUCCCGAAGUGCGUCUAAAAACCUGAUGACAGUAAAGUUUUAAACCAAUUGACAUAAGCAGAGAAAAAAAGUACAUACACAUUAAAAAACAAUGAUUGGGCUGAAGCAAAUAUGUAAGGGACACACACUGGUUUCUCCAUCAGAAAACUUUUGAGGGAGUGUUAUAGUGCUAAUAGCAAUAAAUUUUCUAUUAAUAAACAUAUGCUUAGGUAUAAGUGCCUAGUGUUGGAAAGGAACAGAUUCAGCUGAUAGUGACUGUAAUGGUAAGUGUUACGACUAGACAAGUGAUGGGGCUUCCUAUGUGUAUGUGCGGACUUUUUUACGGAAAAAGUGGAAGGUACCACAGGUCUCAAGUACGCCAUAUAAGUGAUGCAUAUGUACCACAUAAAUUCGUCGUAAAUUCGAGUUUGAAAUUGAUUUUUAAUUUUUUAAUAUAAAGGAUUCAGAAUAUAGAUAUCACUUUAUAUAUGGCGUAUGGACGAGUGUUUACCUUUUUUCUUACCAGUGAUUUUAAGAUAUAGUUAUAUCAAUAUAUCAUUAGACGUUGUCAAUUUUCAAUAAGUUGUACAUAUUGUAUCAUACUCUUCUUAUUGUAAAUCAGAUCUUAUAGCAUCUGCAAUGAUACUAUUUAAUAGAAGACUGAAAUUUAUUUUUACUUAUUUCAUACGAUCCGAUACGAUUGUAUCGAGUUUUGUUUUGUAUGCGAGUUUAUUUUGAGUUCUUACAGUUCUUGUAAAUAUUUAAUAAGUUAGUUUGGAACUGCAAAUACGCAGAAUUGUUGUAUCGGGCAAUAUGUGUUUAGUUAAAUGAAAUUUAGAAAACUCUAGAAUACUGUUCGUUAAAUAGAGCAUAUUAAUAUAUUUAUAAUAUUGUGUAUUGUAUUUCUAGGUUUUAACUCAAUGUUUGGGCAUCACAAGUAGGUUUAAACGAAUUUACUCACAAAUUUAAUAAGAACAAAUUGAAUUAAAAUGUUACAAUAUUUAUUUAGGUUCAGCUCCACAAACUAAACUGUAAAUUUUAAAUUUCUGAAUAAUAAACUAUGUAUUAGUAAAAUGGUAAUGCAAAAAUCGCAGUUCUGCAACAUAAUCAAUCUGCGUGUUGCUUUUUUUUAUCAUUACCACUUUCAAUGUCUUUAAAAUCAGAUCUGAUCUCAAAAUUCUUUUGAAUAUGAAUAGUUUCAACUUAAUUUGCAAACAUUAAAAGUUUGUGGUGUUCCAAAUCAGCAUUUACAUUUUAUUCGCAAUCAGUCAAGAAGAUAAAAUAUUAGGAAAAUAGAAAAGUUUAGCUGAACUGCCAAUUUUAUAUUAAUUUACUUGUAGUGCAAUUAGCUUAGCUUUUGGAUUUAAAUUUAAACAUGUGAAAUAGACUUAAAAUUUGUCUAGCACAAUAUAUAAUCAUCAAAAGCGGUAUUGCAAUCUUGCAUGUUUUAAAACGUCGAUUGUGCUUCUGACUAGCCAUUUGAGCAAUGAAUUAGUUUUAAAUGUACCUACCAUAAGGGAAUGUAUAUCCAGAACGUUGGUUCCUAUAGGCUUACAAUGUAGGUAUUACAACCCUUAAAGUUUCUAUUCACAACUUAAUUUAUAUGACUGUUAGUAUUUCUAGAUUAUAAUGGGUAGAUGGGCAUCUAGUAUAGUUUAGCUAGAUUGCUUUGCCUGAAAAGCAAGAAACUGCAUUAUCCCUGAUACAAAUUCAACAUUUAUUAUGUUGGUGAUGUAUAAAUUUGGGCUUUUGCAAGUUAAAGCAAUGUUUCUGGCAUGCCAUACAUUUUACAGUAUAAUCGGUAAUAACACACAAGAGUAAUGGAAACGGGUUAUUACCAAUGGAAAUUUUCUAAUAAAGUAACCUAGUCUCACUCAUUUUGAGUGUAUAGUCAACUGCAAUAAUAUGUUACACAACAAAGGCCGCGAAAAUAUCUGACACGAUCUUAUUUGUAGAGCCAUAAGAGUGUGUCACAUAUUUUGCGGCCUUCGAAGAGUAACAUACUAUUAAAAUUUAGUGAAAUGAUAUUGGCUACUCAGUCAGGCACUUGCUUCACCUUUGUAACAAAUGAAGAUGAAAAUUCAAUGGUAAAAAGAAAUUGAUGGUUUUUUUAUAACUUUGGUGACCUUUUAUAGAGACAUCUGUCAUUUGUUAUAUCGGUAAAUAAAUGGUAAAUUGGGCUGGGAGGACAUCAUCAUCAUCAUCAUCAAAUUAGGCUGGGUUGACAUCCCUGGUUUGUACAGGCACUUAUCGUCUACAACUAAUUGUCUCCUUACUAAUAUUAAAGAAAUAACACUAUGGAAGAUAAUCCUAGGUUAUACCUGGCUGUAUCUUUAUACCUGUUAUGUACAAUGUAGUUUAAACAUUUCAAUAUUGCUAUGCUGAAUUUUGUAUAUCAUGGUUUAGUUCAAUAAUACUUAUCUCACUUGGUAGAUCAGGAUUUAGAAAGGUAAACAUGAAUAUAAUAUAUGUUGCUGGUAUUGUACAGAAGGUUUAUAAAAUGUAUAUAAUAAUUUUCACACUGCCACUUUUUCUAAACCCAGUAAAAAUAUUGUUUAGUACUAGUUAUUUAAAUUUACAUUAUAAUUAUCAAUAUAACUACAUGCUAUGUGUGCUUUUAGAGGCUAGCAAGCUCUGUGUGUAUAAAUACAUGUUUAAAGCCAUUUACACUUUUACGAGUGCUGGAUAAGUAAUGCAUUUAGCUGAGUCUAAAUUCGUCGAGCAGUAUUCUGACUAGUGUAAAUAGUGCUUAAUUUGCGGAAGUCACAUACAUUUUUGAAAAAUUGAUGUGCCUUGUCGCUGUAUAAAGAAAAAUAAUGCUUCGCCUUAAAAAUAUAAAUAAAUAACCGCAGCAAUUCUUCACCAUCAACCGCAUGAAAAUUUGUUAAAUGAUUUUGUAAAUUUUGCCAAUGUCACUCAAUAAACCCGUUAAUUUUUUACUAUUUUUUACUUACUACAAAAUUGCUUUAGCAUAAUAGUCAUCAUAAGCAAAUAAACAGUAUUCAAUAUGUGACCAUGUACAUAAUAGCUGAUAUAAUUUUUUAUUAGUAAGGAGUAAUUAUAAUAUAUUUUGGAAUAGAGCUGUGUAAAUCUGAGCCGAUUUAUUUAUGAUAGCCUAAGUCUAUUUGAUAUGUUAUAUCGUCGAGUCGCAACCCUAUGCGCCAACUGUCACAAUUUCUACGAUAAAAACAUAAAAACUAACUUCAACAUAAACUUGUUGCAUAUUUUUUAUUUUGUUUGAUUUAUUUGAUUUUGUUUGAUUAUAUUGAGCCUCUAGGGUUGCGCUUGAUGUUUUAACUUUUAUCAAUUGUAAAUUGCAUUUUACGCAAUAGCUCUACACAUUAAACGUGUCGUUUGUGAGUCGAUUCUGUAUUUAAAAAAUAAAAGGAUUCUUUAUAA